CUCAACGCUCCAUUACAACACAAUUUAUUUGGGCUUUCUCUUUUUUUUUGUCCUCCUCGUUCUCCUUUUUCUUCUUCUUGGGUAAAUUGAAAAAUGGCGAGGAAGAAGAUAAGAGAGUACGAUUCAAAGAGCCUUCUGAAACAGAACUUAAAGAGACUGGCUAAUAUCGAACUUCCAAUUUGUUCUGCUCAAGUGACAAAAUCAACAGACUUUACAGAACUGUUGGACAAAGAAAAAUGGUUAUCGGCGAGAAGAUUGGUUGUCAAGCCAGAUAUGUUGUUCGGGAAACGAGGGAAGAGUGGCCUUGUAGCCUUGAACUUGGAUUUCGCUGAAGUCAUCCAGUUCGUCAAGAAGCGCCUUGGACAAGAGAUCGAGAUUGAAGGUUGUAAAGGGCCUAUAACAACCUUCAUAAUCGAACCAUUUAUUCCUCAUAAAGAAGAAUAUUAUUUUGCAAUUGAUUCUGAAAGGCUAGGCUGCACUAUAAGCUUCUCAGAAUGCGGUGGCGUUGAAAUUGAAGAGUACUGGGACAAGGUUAACUCUAUAUUUCUUCCAACUGAUAGUCCCCUGACAAAUGAGACAAUUGCUCCACUCAUUGCUGGUUUACCUUUGGAGAUUCAUGGGAAAAUUUCGGAUUUCAUGAAAGGUGUUUUUGCCGUAUUCCAGGAUCUGGAUUUCAGUUUCAUAGAAAUGAAUCCUUUUACUUUGGUUGAUGGAGAGCCAUACCCAUUGGAUAUGAGAGGAGAAGUAGAUGAGAAUGCCGGCUUUAAGAAUGAAGAGAAGUGGGGUAAUCUUGAAUUUCCACACCCUUUCGGCCGAAUCCCAAGUCCUGAAGAAAGUUUCAUUCAUGAUUUAAAUGAGAAGACAAGUGCAUCUUUGAAAUUCACUCUUCUGAAUCCCAAAGGACGCAUUUGGAACAUGAUUGCUGGAGGUGGUGCAAGUCUUAUAUACACCGAUACUGUUGGAGACCUGGGUUAUGCAGCAGAACUGGGAAACUAUACGGAGUAUGGAGGUCCAAGUGAGGAGGAGAUGUUGAAGUUAGCCAGGGUCAUACUUGAUUGUGCCACAGCAAAUCCUGAUGGUCGAAAAAGAGCCCUUCUAGUUGGGGGCAACAUAGCUAACUUGACAGAUGUUGGAGCUACUUUUGAUGGAAUUAUUAGAGCCUUGAAAGAGAAGAAAUCUGAGCUUAGAGAAGCAAAUAUACAUAUCUAUGUCAGAAGGGGUGGUCCAAACUAUCAAACUGGCUUGGCCAAGAUGCAAGCUGUAGGAGAGGAGCUUGGAGUUCCUGUUGAGGUAUAUGGACCAGAGGCAAUAAUGACUGGAAUUUGCAACCGAGCAAUUGAGGGAAUUUAAUUGUUAUCAGAUCAGAAAAUAAUUUUGAUAAGGAUAUUAAUAAAGAGGAAAAGAAAAAGAGCAGAAAGAUGUUUCUUCAAUUUGUGUUUGUGGUGAACAACUUAACUUGGCAUCUGAUUCCAGACAUUUUGUUUAUUGUUUUCAACUCCUGUUUAAUAAUCUUGGCUUUUGUCUUUAAUGUAUUGUCUCUAGAUAUCAUAUAAGAAAAUGCUAAAAUAAUUGAUAAUAUGUUAUUUGAAUAAUCAUUUGUGAGUAAUCAAACAAAGCCGAACGAUUUUACAUUAUUACCAGAAGUUC